AUGGAAGAUGCCGGACCAACACUGCAAAGCCUAACAGCAGAAUGCGAUGUCCUACUAGAAGAAAACAGAUGGGCCGAAGCGCGAGCAAAACUGGACCAGGUCGUACAGCUAUCAGAGCAGCAAAACGGGCCCGACCACGAGGAUACGCUAGAAACAAAAGCAAUUCUUGGGUACCACCUCCGCAAGCAUGGCGAGUAUCAGGAGGCCGAGAAGAUAGACCGCGAAGUGCAUUCUGCUCGCCUGAGAGUCUCUGGACCAGAUCGCACCGACACGGCUAAGGCUUUGAAUAAUAUUGCGCUGGACCUUAAAGGUCUUGCUAGGUUCGAUGAGGCAUUUCGUCUUGAGGAGCAAGCAUUGGAUAUAUUUAAAAAAGUGGAAGGAGAGGAUUCUCGGGCGACCCUGACGAGCAUGAAUAACUUGGCGAAUAGCUAUCAUCAGCAGGGUCGGUUUGGCGAUGCCGCCAGGUUACAUGAGAAGACACUCGAGCUCCGGGUAAAGACACUCGGUCCAGACCACUUUGAAACGAUCAUGGCUAUGGAUUUGCUUGGCGUUGACUGCCGGGAGUUAGGCCAGGUGGAGAAAGCUGCGAGGUACCAGGAGGAAGCGCUUGAGCUUGCGACAAACAGUUUGGGCGAAGUCAGUGAGACCACCAUUCGGUGUUCGAUAAACCUAGCAUCAACGUACCAGGCACUUGGGACGGCCGAUGGACAACAGAAAGCAUUAGCCUUGUUGGAGCGGGCCCUGGAACUAUCUCGCCGGACCCUUGGUGAAGAAAGUCCCGAGACGGUGGGCACCAUGAAUAAUCUAGCAGUGGCGUAUGUCAGGGCGGAUAGACUAGACGAUGCUCACCCCCUGUUGAAGGCAGCAUAUGAUAUUAAUCGGAAGGCACUGGGCCCGGAUCACCCGAAAACGCGAGCGUCGGAGGGUAAUUAUAACUAUGUCAUGGAGAAGCUUGGUUUAACUCAGGCUAGCAUAUUCGGCGCCUGA